AUGUCGCUCCAACAGCAACAGAUCUUGCAAGAUCCAUCACAACCCAUUGAGCCUUUCUUGAAGAAGGUGCUACUUUCAUUGGAUAACCAGUACAGUCCACAGAAAUAUGCCAAUGUUGAGACGUACGCCACACAGUUUGCCAAACAAUUGAAGCCUCUGGCUGCUGUGAUCGUAAACGGGAAGCCAAUCGUCCCUGAACAGCCGUCUAUGCCCGAUGUCAAGCUAGAGUUCCAAAAGAAGUGGCUCGUGACGCCUCAAACAAACCACCAGUUGACCAGCUUCGACUGCCAUUUAAUCCCAGGCACCGGUACUUUCAUAGUGAACGCCAGUGGAAAGGUGAGAUUUGAUGAGAGUGGUAAGAAUAGGUUGGGAGAAAACGCCAAUUUGGUCCAAUCCACCACCGCUCCGGCUCUGUCUAAUGCCAACAGAAACAUCUGGGGGUCUUGGUUUGGCUACGACUUGACCCUUGUGGUGGAUGAAAACGUGAGGAAUAACGAUGAGAUGGAGUUGAUAAAUAGCUUCAACUACAGGUUUACAUUCAAGCCAAGAGACAGCGUUAUCCAGAUAUAA